AUGCAGCCUCCUGAAGGUGUGCAGGUGGACCUGGGCAAGGCCCAGGUCAUCGACAGCGUCCCGAAGGUGAUCAAGGAGUUGAAGUUUGGAGUUUUGUCCAACGAUGAUAUCGUGAGCCAGACUGUCGUCGAAGUGUCGGACCGCAAAUUCUUCGAUCUCGACCAUGACCGCACGGUGGUGCCAAACGGCCCGUUGGACACGCGGAUGGGCAUCUCGAACAAGACGGCGUCGUGCGCGACGUGCGGGCAUAAACUCGCCGAGUGCAACGGGCACUUUGGCCAUGUGCGCCUCGUCCUGCCGGCCUUCCACGUCGGCUACUUCAAGCGGGUGAUCGGGAUCCUCCAGGAGAUCUGUAAGGAGUGCUCGCGCGUGCUGUUGCCCGAGGCCGAGCGGCGGGCGUUUCUGCGCGAGAUGCGGCGCCCGGCGCUCGACAACCUGCGCCGGAUGCAGAUCGCGAAGCGCAUCAACGACCGCUGUCGGAAGACGCGCGUCUGCGAGGCCUGCGGCGCCAUCAACGGCGUCGUCAAGAAGGCCGGGACCAGUGCCCUGAAGAUCACCCACGACCAGUUCCGCGCCUUCAACACCUCCACCUCGAUGAAGAAGGUGCCCCCGCCGAGCAAGAUCGUCUUCGACCGCUCCCUCGAAGAGGCCCGCAGCUCCAACGCCGAGGUCGAGAAGCACUACAAGAAGGCCCAGGAUGACCUCAACGCCCUGCGCGUCCUCAACCUCUUCAAGAAGAUCUCCGACACCGACUGCGAGCUGCUCGGCCUCAACCCGCAGGAGGCCCGCCCGGAGAUGUUCCUCUGGCAGUUCAUCCCGGCGCCCCCCGUCUGCAUCCGUCCCUCCGUCGGCCAGGAUGCCGCCUCCACCGAGGACGACCUGACCGCCAAACUCGGCGAUAUCGUCCAGAGUAACAUCAACCUGAAAAAUGCCCUGCUCAAGGGCGCCCCCGUCCACACCAUCAUGGAAUGUUGGGACUACAUGCAGCUGCAGAUCGCCGUCUAUAUCAACAGUGAUGUCCCGGGCUUCAACAAGGCCGAUCUGGGCAAGCCCAUCCGUGGCUUCGUCCAGCGGCUCAAGGGCAAACAGGGCCGUUUUCGCGGCAACCUGUCGGGCAAGCGCGUCGACUUUUCCGGCCGUACCGUCAUCUCGCCCGAUCCCAACCUGCGCGUCGACGAGGUCGCCGUCCCCGAGCUCGUCGCCAAGAACAUGACCUACCCGGAGGUCGUCACCCGCUACAACCGCGAGAAACUGCAGGGCCGCAUCCGCAACGGCCAGAAGAAGUGGCCGGGCGCCAACUACCUGAUCAAGCGCGGCUCCGACCACAAGACCUUCCUCAAAUACGGCAACCUCAACAUGAUGGCCGAUCAGCUGCAGGAGGGCGACGUGGUCGAGCGCCACAUCGAGGACGGCGACAUCGUGCUCUUCAACCGCCAGCCCUCGCUGCACAAGCUCUCCAUCCUCUCCCAUUUCGCCAAGGUCCGCCCGCACCGCACCUUCCGCCUGAACGAGUGUGUCUGCAACCCGUACAACGCCGAUUUCGACGGCGACGAGAUGAACCUGCACGUCCCGCAGACCGAGGAGGCCCGCGCCGAGGCCAUGGAGCUGAUGGGCGUCAAGAACAACCUCGCCACCCCCAAGAACGGCGAACCCAUCAUCUCCGCCAUCCAGGACUUCAUCAGCGCCGCCUACAUCCUCAGCAGCAAGGACAACUUCUUCGACCGCCGCUCCUUCACCCAGAUCUGUCUGUACAUGCUCGGGCCCCAGACCCGCUUCGACCUGCCCCCGCCCGCCACCCUGAAGCCCCAGAUGCUCUGGACGGGCAAGCAGGUCUUCAACAUCCUCAUGCGGCCCAACCUCGACGACCCCGUCAUGGUCAACCUGGACGCCGCCUGCCGCGAGUACAAGCCCCCCAAGAACGGUCGGCCCAAGGAUCUCGACCCCAAUGACGGCUGGCUGGUCGUCCGCAACUCAGAGGUCAUGUGCGGCGUCAUGGACAAGUCCACCAUCGGCUCCGGCAAGAAGGAUAACAUCUUCUACAUCAUGCUGCGUGACUACGGCCCCGCCGCCGCCGCCGAGGGCAUGAACCGCCUCUCCAAACUGUCCGCCCGCUGGUUCACCAACAUGGGCUUCUCCAUCGGCAUCACCGACGUCUACCCGAGCGCGAGCCUCAUCCGCUCCAAGAACGACCUGGUCGAGGCCGCCUACGCGCAGUGUGACGACGUCAUCGCCAAGUACAAGGCCGGGACGCUGGAGAAGUAUCCCGGUUGCGACGAGUUGCAGACCAUGGAGAACCAACUGUCCGGUAUCCUGAGUAAGGUCCGUCAGCAGGCCGGUGACGAGUGUAUCGCCCAGCUCAGCAAGUACAACUCCCCACUGAUCAUGGCCACGUCCGGAUCGAAAGGCUCGAGUAUCAACGUCUCUCAGAUGGUGGCCCUGGUCGGGCAGCAGAUCAUCGGCGGGCAGCGAGUCCAGGAUGGGUUCCAGGACCGUACGCUGCCACAUUUCCCCAAGAACGCCCGGCAGCCGCCGUCCAAGGGGUUCGUGCGCAACAGUUUCUUCUCCGGAUUGACCCCGUACGAGUUCAUCUUCCACGCCAUGUCCGGCCGUGAAGGUCUGGUCGAUACCGCGGUCAAGACCGCCGAGACGGGUUACAUGUCGCGACGGCUGAUGAAGUCGCUGGAGGAUCUCUCCAGUCGGUACGAUGACACCGUCCGCAACUCCUCCUCCAACAUUGUUCAGUUCCAGUACGGCGACGACAAGUUGGAUCCCGUCGACAUGGAGGGUAAAGCCAAGCCCGUCCACUUCGACCGGACCUUCAUUCACGCCGAGUCGACCACCUUCCGCAACGACGAACGCAGUCUGUUUCCCCAGGAGAUCAUGGAGGUGUGCGAGGAGAUGUUGUCGCGGGAACGCGCCAAGCUGGUCCGCAAGGACCUGAUGGGCGCGACCCUUGACUACAUGGAUCGUAGCGACUACGGCAUCGACCAGCUGGAGAGUGCGCGUGACUUUCUCGAUUCGAUCCAGAAUUACGUGCAGUCCAAGGCUGACAAGCUCAUCUCGCGCGGCGGGGAUCGCGGCGACGACGAGGAGGAGGAGGAGGAGCGCGGGCUGCAAGGGCUACACCACACGGCAAAACUGACGGAGCGGACGCUGCGCGAGUUCAUCUCGCUCUGUCUGAUGAAGUAUAAGAAGGCGCAGGUGGAGCCUGGUCACGCCGUGGGCGCCGUGGGCGCACAAUCCAUCGGUGAACCGGGCACGCAGAUGACCCUCAAGACCUUCCACUUUGCCGGUGUGGCGGGCAUGAGUAUCACGCAAGGUGUGCCGCGAAUCAAGGAGAUCAUCAACGCGUCCAAGGAGAUCAGCACGCCCGUGAUCUCGUGUGACCUGGUGACCAAGGACAGCACCGUCGCGGCGCGGAUCGUCAAGGGGCGGAUCGAGAAGACCUACCUGCGGGACAUCAUCCAUUACGUGCGCGAAGUGUGGACGGGCAAACAGGCGUACCUGACGGUGAAGAUCAACUGGCGGACGAUCCGCGACCUCGCGCUGGAGCUGAACAUCGGACGGAUCGUGGCGGCGAUCAAGACGCACAAACGCUUCAAGGCGAAAGACCUGGUGGUCGACCACACGCGCUCGCACAUCCACAUCUACAUGGACCUGGACCCGAACUCGAAGAAGCUACUGACCAAGACGGAGGUGGCGGCGACGAGCAUCGACCCCUUCCUGCGCCUCAAGCACCUGAAACGCAUGCUCCCGGACAUCCAGGUCCUGGGUCACCCGCAGGCGAACCGGGCGAUCAUCCGCACCGACGAGACCUCGACGACCAACACCCUGCUGGUGGAAGGGUACGGGUUAAAGGAGUGCAUGAACACGCUCGGUGUCAACGGGCAGCACACCCACACGAACAACGUCAUGGAGAUGCGCGAGGUGCUGGGCAUCGAGGCCGCGCGCGUCACCAUCGUCCAGGAGAUCAGCGAGGUGAUGAAGGACAUGGGCAUCGACCCGCGCCACAUGCAACUCCUCGCCGACGUGAUGACCUACAAGGGCGAGGUUCUGGGCAUCACGCGCUUCGGCCUCGCCAAGAUGCGCGACUCGGUCCUCCAGCUCGCUUCGUUCGAGAAGACGGCCGACCAUCUCUUCGACGCCGGUGGCGCAGGCCGCGUCGACCUCAUCGAGGGCGUCUCCGAGUGUAUCAUCAUGGGCAAGACGGUUUCCCUCGGCACGGGCGCCAUGGAGGUUGUCCGCCGGAUGAACUUUUAUGACGGCCAGUUGGGUGCCCGGAAGACCGUCUUUGAAGAUGUUUGGACCCAGGUCUGUGAAAAGAAGAGGAGGUAA